AUGGAAGUUGGUGUGGAUGCGGGCUUAGAAGCCCUGAAGGCAGACGUCCCCACACUACUGGGUCUGGGUCUAGGCAUGUCCGUGUUGUCUGCCCUCAUCUGUCUUGUGCUCAAGAUCUUCGCCCGUGCCCGCUUUGUUCGCCCUCGUCGUUAUGCAGACGCCCGUAUUAACCCACCCCUCACGGUCUCUGAAACAUACGCAGCCUUUGCCCUGGCCGCCAAUGCCUCCACCAGCAGUAGCCCGGCCAGGGAUAGACACCAUUCCCUGCGCUCUACCAAAUCCGCAUCCUCAUCCCGAAGACCUUCCUACAGCUCCCUCCAUCCCCAUCGUCCAGGCACCAGGAGGUCUUCACAAGCAUCGCUCCGUCUGGUCGCAGGGGAGGGCCGUGGAGAACCGAUUGGAUACUACGUGUGCAUUAGGGAUCCUGCCUCCGUACAUUCUAGAGGUCUGCACUAG